AUGAGGGAUUUUCCUUCGUGUUUUGGUGAAAAUGGUGUACAAAUUGCCGAUUCUUCAUCGUCUAAUGCAACUAGGGCUGCCCAAAAUCUUGUUACUUGUGUUUAUCAGUGUCAAUUACAAAGCAUUUCUCGCUUCAUUACCAUUACAUGGACUAAGUAUUUGAUGGGCCAAGGAUUUAGUGUUGGAAUUGAAAAUUCAACAAAACAAUGCCUAUGUAAAGUUGACAUCAAACCCUGGUUGUUUUCCAAGAGAAAAGGGUUCAAGAAUUUGGAGGUGGGCUCUAAUUUAAUUGACAUAUAUUGGGAUUUAUCCUCUGCAAAAUUUGGUUAUGGACCAGAACCCUUAGAUGGUUUCUAUGUAGCUGUUGUGUUUAAUCAAGAACUGAUUUUACUUCUUGGGGACUUACAAAAACAAGUAUACAAGAAAAUAAAUGUGUCCUCCUUUUCUAGUAAUGCAGUUUUUGUUGCUAAAAGGGAACAUAUAUUUGGCAAAAGAUUGUACAAUUCUAAGGGCCAAUUCUGUGAUAAGGGGAAAGUACACAACAUUGGGAUUGAAUUUGACAUUGUUGGGGGGAGUAAGGAUCCAUGUUUAGUGAUCAGUAUAGACAGCAAAGAAAUGAUACGAGUGACACAUCUUAAAUGGAAGUUUAGAGGUAAUACUACAAUUUUGGUGGAGGGAUUUCCAGUUGAGGUUUAUUGGGAUGUUUAUGGUUGGCUGUUUGGUAAUGUUAUGGGCAAUGCAGUUUUCUUGUUUCGAACUCAACUCUCAAUCGAGAAUGAGAAGUUCUGGGCUCACCAGUCUCCACUUCCCAGUCCCUCUGUGUUGAAUUGGGAUGGUUCACAUAAAUUUAGUGAUCCUCAGUUGCAAGAUAAGGGAUUUUCAUUGAUAUUGUGUGCUUGGAAGAAUGAAUAG